AUGAACAACACUCUCGCAUGUGAUGCUUCCUCGCCAAUGUUUCCAACCCUACACCAUGAGUGCACUCGCGUACCCGUGACGGCACUGGCUUCUUGCGGCGCUCUGCUCAUCGUCGCCGAAGGCCCCUUUCUACGCUUCCACCAUGCCAAGGACUCGCGGUACAUAUCCUCAAAACGCGUCUUCAAAGCCCAAGCCGUUCAUGGAAUACGUGUGUUUUCAGAAGAAAAUGCCUAUAUCAUUAAGCUAGUCAUCUGGGGUGGAAGACUUGUCCGCGCUCUUGAAAUCCAUCUCGCAGGCCAAGUUGACGUACAAGGCUUGAGCUUGUGCUUUUCUAAUAUCGCAAAAGCUUCAGACUGGAUUCUUGAUCUUGCUCCUAGACCAAAAAGCUUGGAUGACGAUUCCCAAUAUCACAAAGCAGCCUGCAUUGCUGUCACUGCUCACAACGCACUAGUGCAGGUUGAAAUUGAACAAAGGAAGUCAGACACAACCCAGAAUACCAAUGGUCUUGAUGUCUCUGUGUUCGACCUUACCUCUAGUUCCCGAUCCAUCCUCUACUCGGCCCACCUUUUCUGGGAAGAUCUGGACCGCGUCCUCGUGGCCGCUGGCACAGCAUUUGGCGAGAUAAUAUACUGGUCAUGGUGCGAUAGGAUCCGCGAUGCUCCGGCUUCACGCAUCCACCGCGUCUUUCUGGGUCAUGAGGGCUCGAUCUUUGGUGUUCAAAUUUCAAAAGAGCUGCCUACUGAAUGCUGCCAAAAACUGAGGCGGGUAGUAGCAAGUUGCAGCGACGACCGCACCAUCCGGAUAUGGGAUGUUUCAGAUGUGAUUACGAGUGCGACUACUUCGGAGGCUGAUGACAAUGACCUGGAAGUUCUAAGGACGCGUCAUACCGGCUUCACUAACGAGGCUUUCGACUCAGACGAGUUCAAUAGUUCAAGCUGUCUCGCGAUUGGAUGGGGACAUCUCUCGCGCGUUUGGUCAGUUCGGUUUCUCGAAGCAUCCCCAUGCAAUGGGUCGUUGCUGCUCCAAUCUGCCGGUGAAGAUGCCACCGCACGAACGUGGGAACUCACGCCCAACCCUGGAAACAGCGCAAACUUUCCCUAUAAGUUAUUGGAACUUGAUUGCGCAGCGCAUCAUAGCGGAAAGAAUCUGUGGUCUUCAGUUGUCUCUGAUGUCUCGACUGGAGUCCAGCAGGUUAUUGCAGGUGGUUCUGACAGUAAAGUCACAGCUACCCCACUCACUCGCGUCUUGCAAGCAGAGAAGAACCUGCGCGGUACGAUCGCUGAGUAUACUGUAAAUGACAUACUGUCAUGGGCGCAAGCGGCCGAAACAGGUCUUGACAAAACUGGACUGGUGCAGCCCCCAAAAUCUUCAAAGAAAGCAGAGUUCUUUAGAAGCUACUGCUUUGUGGACGAGACCUCGUUCUUGCUUACGACAAAUUCUGGGAACGUACUAAUCGGUACAUUAUCAUCCACCAAGGUUCAUAACCAAUCAAGUCUCCUUUCGGAUUCGACUCUACUUGAUCGACUAGAAGACCUUUCUGGUUACUCCGUUUGUACGAGUGGGUCUCGUCCUGGUUUCGCUUACGUUGCUGGUGGCAGCGGCAAUAUCUAUGUUUAUAGCAAGAUUUCGGCUACCUUCACAAGCCUCUAUGCCGUUGGUAGUAAGGUCGGAGACAUAUUCGCUGCCGAGCUAGCAGAUUCUGAUGGCCCAGGUUCGACGGUUCUUCUUGUAACUCUCGUUGGUCAAGGUGAAGCGCGACUAUUAUAUGUGGAUCCUAAUUGCAGCACAAAUAUUCAGAGAGUCGUACCGAUACCCGUAGCGGACUCCUCGACGGGUUCUGUCAUCACCAGCAUGACAUAUGCGAGAGCAUCCGGUAGGGAUUUUGUUAUGGUCGGGUUCCGACGUGGAUCGAUUGCGCUGUUUAACGUCCACAACGAUGAGGAGGGUAAGCAUGAAGCUACUUUGCUAAGAGUCAUCGACAAAGCACAUGGAGGAGAAGCGGUUACCUCGCUCACAUGGCAACCCUCAUCUGAAGCUACUGGGCUUGGCCAUCUGUUCUCAGUAGGAAAGGAUGGACGUCUUUGCGUGCACCAACUUGAUUCAUCUGCGAAUAUAGUCGAAUUGGUACAUGACCUUGCGCUCCCGUUCGGGCCCAACAUCGAAGGAUUAUACGUCCAGGAUGGGCGACUCUUCAUACACGGUUUCUCAAGCAAGAAAUGGUACCUCUACGAUGUCACUAACGAAGAGGAGGUCAUGAGCAUCGACACCGGAGGAGCACAUAGGAGUUGGACCUUCCGGUCGCAUUCGUCUGUAGGAGGCACUCUCGUGUGGACACGAGCUUCUAGUAUGCACAUCUGCAGUCAGAACGGAGCAAAUCAUGCUGUCAUUCGAUCAGGGGGUCACGGGCGUGAGAUCAAGGCGGUAGCGGUUUCGCCACAAGGUGGAAGCCGAUCUCGUCAACUUAUCGCUACUGGUGCCGAGGACACCGAUAUCAAGAUCUUCCAGUAUGCUGAGAAAGAUUUCGCUUGCCGAAGGACUAUUCGCAAACACACCACAGGCAUUCAGCAUCUGCAAUGGUCGCAUGAUGGCGAGUAUUUGUUCAGCAGUGGUGGCUGUGAAGAAUUCUACGUAUGGCGGGUUCGUGACUUAUCGACAUCUGCUCUCGAUAUCGGAGUAGUGUGCGAACAUGUAUUCGUGCCAGAAAGUGAGCAUGCGGACUUGAGGCUUAUGUCUUUCGAUGUAAUCACGUUGGGAUCUGCACAUACUAUUGCAAUGGCAUUCUCAGACUCUAGCAUCAAGGUUUACCGUUUUGACCCUACUGUUACUGUGAAGUGGCAGCCUCUUGCGAAAGGCCUGUACUUCACAUCCUGCCUGACGCAAUGUAUGUUCCUAUCUAUAACGAAGGUCUUGACAGCUGGUACAGAUGGUCAUGCUGUGAUAUGGCCGCUGGCAACCGAGACAGAACGAUUGUCAGGCGAUUCUUCUGAUCCGACCCUUCAGCUGGCAUGGCAUCAUCCGGCAAGGAUACACCAGAACUCUUCGAAGGCCAUGACAUGCCAUCCCGUCGAUGCAGAUACUUGGCUCAUCGUGUCUGGUGGAGAUGAUGGCAGCCUGGCGUGUAUACUUGCACGAUCUACAUCCUCACACUCGCCGACUUCACCUGCGACCUCUUACGUUUCGCCACCAAUACUCGCCAGCCGUGCACAUGGCUCUGCAGUGACAUCAUGCAGCCUCUUUAAGCACAAAUCACGCAUCCUCCUUGUCACAUCAGGAAAUGAUGAAUGGGUCCGACUGUGGGAGAUUGUCCUUCGGAAAGAUGAUGGUGAAGUCGGACAUGAGAUUUCAGCAGAGCUAGGAGAUGCAUUGGUGAUCCAGAGGCUGGGGAAGGUCAAGACGAAUGUUGCAGAUGUGUCCAGCAUGGCGGUGCUCGAUAAAGGAGAUGAUGUUACAGACGCGAGAGUGCUGAUAUGUGGAGUUGGCAUGGAAGUCAUACGCAUAGCCACGUGA